AUGGCUUCAGGAAUUGUGAACAUCCGCCGCGACGUCGAUGACAAGUUUUAUCGUUACCGCAUGCCCCUCCUCACCACCAAAAUUGAAGGCAAGGGAAACGGCAUCAAGACAGUCAUCCCAAACAUGUCUGAUGUGGCCCGUGCCCUCAGUCGCCCUCCCACCUACACCACCAAGUUCUUCGGCUGCGAACUUGGCGCCCAGACUUCCUUUGACGAGAAAAACGACCGUUACAUCGUCAAUGGUGCCCACGACGCCAACCGCCUCCGUGAGCUUCUCGACAUCUUCAUUGACAAAUUCGUCCUGUGCAAGUCGUGCAAGAACCCAGAAACCGAGCUUGUCAUUCUCAAAAUUGGACGCUCGGAGGAUAUCAUUCGGGAUUGCAAGGCCUGCGGUGAACGCACUGGCAUCGAUAUGAGGCACAAGUUGACUACCUUCAUUGUCAAAAACCCACCCGUCAAGAUUAAGAAAGGGAAGAACAAAAACACAGAGGACGGGCACGCCGAUGACGCUGGCGGGGAAAGUGACGACGAGCUGACCAGGAAAAUCAAGGCGGAAGCUGCUGAGCUCAACACCGACGCAGCCCUCUCUAAAGAGGAUUGGUCCGCAGACACUUCGCCGGAAGCUGUCAAGCAGCGUAUCAAGGCUCUUGAGGGCUCGCUUGCGGCGACUGUCAUUGGUGGUGACGAUGAGGGCAGUGACGAAGAUGCCAAUAGCCCCUACUCUCAACUUGGUCGUUGGAUCGAGGAAAAUGGUGGCGAUGCUGCUGAAGAUUCCAAGGCGCACGCUAUCGCGAUCUACAAAAAGGCCGAGGAGUUGGCCAUCGAGAAGAAGCACAAGACUGUGCUUAUCGUCGUCCAAACCUUGUUCACCGAAGAUAUCUUGACUGAGUUACCGAAGUAUGUGGCGCUCUUGACCAAACUGGUCACCUCUGAGAAGCACCAGAAGUCGCUCCUGGGUGGAAUUGAGGUUCUGGUUGGCUUGUCCCACCCUGACCUUAUCCCAGCCGUUCCAAAGAUCUUGAUGGUGCUCUACCAAGCCGAUCUCAUUGACGAAGAGCUUGUUACCCAGUGGGGCAAACAUGUCAGCAAGAAGUACGUCGACAAGGACACGAGCAAGAAGGUUCGUAAGGCUAGUGAGCCUUUCAUUAAGUGGCUCGCAGAGGCUGAAGACGAUGAUGACGAGGAUGAUGAUGAGUAAAGGCCGGCUGUCGGUUUUUGAGGUGCUAUCGUUGGUUUGGGUACAUCAUUUCGUGUUUCUUGUCUGAUUGAACAGUUUUGUCUAUCCACUCUAUGUAUCCAGCGUUGAUCUCCUGAUAUAAAGUAUGAUUGUGUUUC